AUGAUGCUGAGUCCAGACCAAGCCGCAGACUCCGACCACCCCAGCUCGGCGCACUCGGACCCGGAGUCGCUGGGCGGCACAGACGCCAAGGUGCUGGGCAGCGUGUCGGACCUGGAGCCGGUGGAGGAGGCCGAGGGAGACGGCAAGGGCGGCAGCCGGGCCGCGCUCUACCCGCACCCGCAGCAGCUGAGCCGCGAGGAGAAACGCCGCCGCCGGCGCGCCACGGCCAAGUACCGCUCGGCCCACGCCACCCGCGAGCGCAUCCGCGUGGAGGCCUUCAACCUGGCCUUCGCCGAGCUCCGCAAACUGCUGCCCACGCUGCCCCCGGACAAGAAGCUCUCCAAGAUCGAGAUCCUGCGGCUGGCCAUCUGCUACAUCUCCUAUCUCAAUCACGUUCUGGACGUGUAGGGCGGAGGCCGGCGAGUGAGGCCGCCGGUCGGGUUGAAACGCCAAAGGCGACGGACCCGGGCGGCCGCCGCGGGGAUGGCGGAGGCGGCGGUGGCCAGCGGGACAGCAGCUGCGAGAGACUUGGAUGGGGAAAGAAGCUCGCAACCUGUUCUCUCUGGUCAGCAGGGCGACGAGGAAGGUUUCCCAAGCUGGGAGGUGGGGCUGUCUGACGAGCCCGGGGGCUCACAGGGGGGAUUUUCCAGGCCGGGAGAACCUCCUGGAGGCACCAGAGGUGAGCCGCCUCCGGGCCUCCCCUUGGUGUGGGUGUGUUAGGAUCCCUUUAAGGGUUGUUGCUUUAACCCACUGGAGACUUUGAGUUCUCCCAUAUUUAUCUCCCACGAAUCUUCAUGUUUUGAAAGAAUGAGUGCAGAAGCUUGGGGUAUAUAGGCUCCUGAUUUUAGACUAUCUGGAAUUUUUCUAAUUGACAAAUCACCAAACAUUGGUGAGGAGGGGUAGAGUACUCUCUUCCAUAUAAAGAUUUUAGGCACAGAAAGGUGGAACAGGAAACUUUCCCCUCUGUUGUGAAAAGAAAGAUUAUAUUAGAACCCAAUCAAACCCUGAAUAUUUGGUGAGGUUAAAAAGACACUUUGAAGACAAAUAGACACACUGUGGGAGGAUUUGAGCUUGGUGAUAUUUUAUCCCCAAGAUAUGACACUAAGGUAGGCAGGAAAAUCCAUAUUUAAGUGGAAAAUUUAAUAUCUGAUUGCUUUUCAGGCAAAGUGCCCCUUUAUAUAUCCAAAAAACAUCUAUUUGUGACCUUAAACAUGUGGACCCAUAGAUGCAGUUAGAAAAAGACAACCUAUUUUUAUUUAUGUUAGAAGGAGUAGAGUAUUUUUUUCAAGACAUUUAUUUUUCAGAGUGGUGAUAAUUUUACUUUGGAUACUCUGUGCCAAUUUAUUUAUAGUCGAGUGUUUACACUUUUUCCUGUGGAAUAAUGUCUAACUUUUUACGUGUUUGUUGAGAUUAUCCUGUGGUCUUUCUUUUGGCUCUAAUUAUAUUGCACUUGUAUAGCAAAUCUCCCACCUCUCCCUAUUUCUAAACAUAUUUUAUAUAUUAAGAUGUUUGUUCUUGAAAGGUUUUUCUGUUGUGAGAUGAGCAACACUAGGCACUUCACUAUUAUAGUUUUUUUAAAAAGUGUGUUAUUCUUACCUGUAGUUAUGUCUGAAAAGUACUUUACAAACUGUUGAUAAGGAGAGUAGCUUCUUUGUGUGUGUGUGUGAUGUUUGUGCGUGAGAUGAUUUUAGGAAAUUAAGUUAUUUUCCUAAAAAA